ACUCCACCCAUGUCCAGCUUCCCCGGGGGAUCCUCCCGCCUCCCUCUCGCCCACACUGCAGGUCGGUGACCCCACUUGGGAAACACUAGGCUUGCUCAUAUAAGGAGCCCAGGCGCCGCCAGUGUGCUCAGCGAUGGCGUCUGCUCGGUGGCCCUGCCUCAUCUUGGCUCUGCUCUCUGGUGUGGCGGUCUCUGGCUUCCCUAGAAGAUUAUGCCGGCUACUCGGGAAACGGAGCCUCCCGGAACGGGUGGUCGAUGGCAUCGAAGUCUACAGCACCAAGGUCCACUGCAAGGUGACCUCCCGCUUCGCUCACAAUGUCGUCACCACCAGGGCCGUCAACCACGCAGACACUGCCAAGGAGGUUUCUUUCGAUGUGGAGCUGCCCAAGACAGCCUUCAUCACCAACUUCACCUUGACCAUUGAUGGUGUUACCUACCCUGGGAACGUCAAAGAGAAGGAAGUUGCCAAGAAGCAGUAUGAAAAGGCCGUGUCCCAGGGCAAGACAGCUGGCUUGGUCAAGGCCUCUGGGAGGAAGCUGGAGAAAUUCACGGUCUCAGUCAAUGUGGCUGCAGGCAGCAAGGUCACCUUUGAGCUAACCUACGAGGAGCUGCUGAAGAGGCACAAGGGCAAGUACGAGAUGUACCUCAAGGUCCAGCCCAAGCAACUGGUCAAGCACUUUGAGAUCACAGCAGACAUCUUCGAGCCCCAGGGCAUCAGUACGCUGGAUGCUGAAGCCUCAUUCAUCACCAAUGACCUCUUGAGCAGCGCCCUCACCAAGUCCUUCUCAGGGAAAAAGGGCCACGUGUCCUUCAAGCCCAGCUUGGAUCAACAACGUUCAUGCCCAACGUGUACUGACUCCCUCCUCAAAGGAGAUUUUAUCAUCACCUAUGACGUGAACAGAGAGUCUCCAGCCAACGUGCAGAUCGUCAAUGGCUACUUUGUGCACUUCUUUGCACCUCAAGGCCUUCCAGUGGUGCCCAAGAACGUGGUCUUCGUGAUUGACGUCAGUGGAUCCAUGCACGGUCGGAAAAUGGAGCAGACAAAGGAUGCCCUCCUCAAAAUUCUGGAGGAUGUGAAAGAGGAUGACUACCUGAAUUUCAUCCUGUUCAGUGGAGGUGUGACCACUUGGAAAGACACUUUAGUUCAAGCCACUCCUGAGAACAUCCAGGAGGCCAGGAAAUUUGUGAUGAAUAUUCGUGAUCAAGGAAUGACCAACAUCAACGAUGCGCUGCUGAGGGGCAUCAGCAUGCUGAACAAGGCCCGGGAGGAGUUCAGAGUCCCGGAGAGGAGCACCUCCAUCGUCAUCAUGUUGACCGACGGGGACGCCAAUGUGGGUGAAAGCAGACCUGAAAAAAUCCAAGAGAAUGUGAGGAAUGCCAUUGGUGGCAAGUUCCCCUUAUAUAACCUGGGCUUUGGCAACAAUCUGAAUUAUAACUUCCUGGAGCGUAUGGCCCUGGAGAACCAUGGGCUUGCCCGCCGCAUUUAUGAGGAUUCCGAUGCCAACUUGCAGUUGCAGGGCUUCUAUGAGGAGGUGGCCAACCCGCUGCUGACAGACGUGGAGGUGGGGUACCCCGAGAAUGCCAUCCUGGGCCUCACCCAGAACACUUACCAGCACUUCUACGACGGCUCUGAGAUUGUGGUGGCUGGGCGCCUGGCAGAUGAGGACGUGAACAGCUUUAAGGCGGACGUGAAGGGCCACGGGGCCAUCAAUGAUCUGACAUUCACUGAGAAGCUGGACAGGAAGGAGAUGGAGGAGGCCCUGAAGGAGCAGGACUACAUUUUUGGGAACUACAUUGAGCGGCUCUGGGCCUACCUCACCAUCGAGCAGCUGCUGGAGAAACGCAAGAAUGCCCAUGGCGAGGAGAAGGAGAACUUCACAGCCCAGGCCUUGGACCUGUCCCUCAAGUACCACUUCGUGACUCCACUGACCUCCAUGGUGGUGACCAAGCCUGAGGACAACGAGAACAAGACAGCCAUUGCCGACAAGCCUGGGGAAGGUGGGCACGGAGGGUGGGGGCCAGAACUCGGAGGCCUUCUUCUAGGCCCCUGGCCUUGGCCUGUGGAUGCAGAAGAUGAGGGAAGGUGUGGGUUUAAGAGCAUUAGAGAGCAGGAAGGGGAGAGGCAUGAACGGAACUCUGGGUGGGGUUCCUGGACCCUCCCCGCCUGCUUGUUUAGCUCAGCCCUCUCUCCCUUUGCGUCCACAGCCAACUCCAGGCCUCCCCAGACACCCUACUACGUGGAUGGGGACCCCCACUUCAUCAUCCAAGUUCCAGAGAAGGACGAUGCCAUCUGCUUCAACAUCGACGAAGACCCAGGCACAGUGCUGCGCCUCAUUCAGGACCCUGUCACAGGCCUCACAGUUAAUGGGCAGAUCAUUGGUGAGAAGAGAAGCAGCCUGGACUCUCAGACCAGAAAGACUUACUUUGGCAAGCUGGGCAUUGCCAAUGCUCAGAUGGACUUCCAGAUUGAGGUGACACUGGAGAGGAUCACGCUGUGGCAUGGGGCUGCACAGAGCACGUUCAGCUGGCUGGACACAGUCAUGGUCACACAGGAUGGGCUGUCUGUGACGAUCAAUAGGAAGAAGAACAUGGUGGUCUCCUUUGGAGAUGGGGUUACUUUUGUGGUUGUCUUGCAUCAGGUUUGGAAGAAACAGCCCAUCCACCAUGACUUCCUGGGCUUCUAUGUGGUGGACAGUCAUCGGAUGUCAGCACAGACACAUGGACUGCUGGGACAAUUCUUCCACCCCUUUGACUUUGAAGUGUCUGACGUCCACCCAGGCUCUGACCCCACAAAGCCAGAUGCCACAAUGGUGGUGAAGAACCAUCGGCUGACGGUUACCAGGGGCUCCCAGAAGGACUACAGGAAGGACGUCAGCGUUGGCACAAACGUUGCCUGCUGGUUCGUCCACAACAAUGGGCAAGGCCUGAUUGACGGCGUCCACAGCGACUACAUUGUCCCCAACCUGUUCUGAGUGGA